AUGUUCGGCUUCCAUCACGUCCUCACGACCCUGACCGCGCUCUGGGCCGUUCUCUCCUCCAGCACAGAUGACGCUGUCAUAUAUUACCGCGACUAUGUUGCCCCUUACCUUUUCGAACCUCUUGCCCUUGCUGGACCAUCGCCUCCUCCAGCAUCAGUCACAUACCCCUUUCUGAACAAUGAUGAAUUCGCCCGCAAUCAAGUCGUGACAAUGGCAAUGCCUUCAAGAACACAGAUGACCACCUCGCUGCCACAAUUCUAUCGCUCACCUCCACAGUCUGGUCACCUUACCACACACUUCCGACUCUCCCCUUGA